AUGGCAAUCCGUCCUAGGUGGUGGUUAAACCCCACACCUGAAGAGCUCGCCUGGUUUAACAGCUUAUCACCCCGCUCCAAGUCCGAAAUCUUUCCUUGGAUCAUCACCGCAAGAUCCCAUCCAGGCAUCCAUGACGGAUUGGACCAAUGCUUUCGCUGUGGCGAGCUCGGCCACAGUCGCAUCACCACUGGAUGCAUCAGCACCAACCCGUUCCCUCGUCAACCCCAUUUCGACACUUGGCGUCGAGCGAGCAAUGGAAAGACUUACACCGUGGACAUGUUACGCAUGACCGACGCUGCUCUCGCUACCCAAGCUGCCCAAGCUGCCCAAGCUGCUCUCGCUGCCCAAGCUGCCCAAGCUGCCCAAGCUGCCCAAGCUGCCCAAGCUGCCCAAGCUGCCCAAGCUGCCCAAGCUGCCGAGGCUGCCCAAGCUGCCCAAGCUUUCGAAGAAGCGAUCGAAGCGCCAAUCACAUUGUCUUCUGACGAUCUCGAUCUCCUUGACGCCAUCGAGGAGCAAGCUGCUGCCUCAAUGGCAAGUCAAGCUGCCACCGAGGGUAGCGGAGGAGCCACAGAGCCCACUCAUGACGAGUCCAACACCAACAACAGCCGUGAAGGUUCAACCAGUCGUGAAGGUUCAACCAACAAUCACGAAGGCCCAAACAUGACUCAAGAGUCCUUCCAUUCUUUUACUGUAGAAGGGACGUUUAUCAGCCAUUCACACAGGAUGGCUGAUAACCAAUCCUUCGAUAGCCACGGUGGCCAGUCAAGAGCCCAGUCCAGGGCCAAGCAUUCCUGGGAACAUAGGUGCUCAAGCGUUGCCAAACAUGUCUCGUGGAAGGCGCGCGCAAACCCUACCUCCUGGUUUGUAGGUACAAGCAAAGUCUUGUUUGCUUUCACCGAAAGGUACAAGUCUUGUCCAAUCGAUCGACACAGAAUGUAUUUCUAUUACGAAGAGGAACUAAGAAGGGGAACUAAGAGGAGAUGUGAUAUUAUUAUAGACGGAAAUAUCUAA